CUCCGUCAUCAAGCCAAGCACAUCACAGACAAAAUGGCGCCUGCAGCUGGAGCAAAGAAGCAAAAGAAGAAGUGGUCCAAGGGCAAGGUCAAGGACAAGGCCCAGCACGCCGUCCUGCUCGACAAGACCAUCUCCGAGAAGCUCUACAAGGAUGUCCAGUCCUACCGCCUCGUCACCGUUGCCGUCCUGGUCGACCGAAUGAAGAUCAACGGCUCCCUCGCCCGCCAGUGCAUCCGCGACCUUGAGGAGAAGGGCAUGAUCAAGCCGGUCAUCACUCAUAGCAAGAUGAAGAUCUACACCCGUGCCAUCGGCGAGUAAAUUUACCACCACCAUGUUUGAAAGUUAAGGCAAAGGCAUUGAGAUUUGGCGCCUGGUUGGUCUGAAAGGAAGAAAAUGGACCAUGAGAGAAGAGGAUGAUACGAGGUACAUAAAGCCUUAGUUGGGACGCUUUUUCAUGCUCGGUGUAGCAUUUCAUGGGACCGGAAACGCUUUAGCAUAUGGCAACGGAAUGAAGAACUUCAAAAAAUGACCAAAAACGACGCG